AUGACACAGCGCUUACAAACACUCCCCCAUUGUCCGUCAUCCCCUGUGAAUGUGCCUGAGACAACUACGCGCCAUGGGCUUCCUACUACUACUGCUAGUAAAAUAAAACAGAAGCGGUCGGCGGAGAGCGGAUGGGUUGACAGCGAAUCACACGAUACCGGACAUGGGCGGGCGAGGGGGGCGGCUCCGCCUGGGUGCAGGAGAGGGAAGAAGGUGCAGGUGCAGGCGAGGAGGGGGGGAGGGGUGGGCUGCGCAAGUCAAGCUAGAAGAUGGUUAGCGUGGCGAUCGCUGCAGGGGUUGGUGGGCAAGAUGUCUAAUAUUCGAUACGAGGAUAUAGACAAGGUGGAAAAAACGCCGAAUUGGGAUAUCGGCCGCUCUGGGAAAAAAAGAGGAAUCGUAACAAACGUGAUGACGGGGAUAACAUUGAGUAGCUAA